CAACGAGAAAGAAAGCCUAGAGUGAAUAAGUCGACGAUCUCCACAGUGUUAAGCCGCCGCUACGGCCGGCAUUCGAUUUGUCCUUACACCCGUCUCCACCCACCAAGGAACCCACAAUGCUACCUCGGUCUACGCCACUAAUGUCCAACGAACGUCUCAUCAGGCGUUAAUCCAACUGCUCUCUGCCCCUCCACAACUGCUUCCAUAGCGGCGUUAGGAUCCCCACGAAUUACAUUUCCACCGCCUGACCUUGGACCAUAAUCGUACGAAACCGGGUAAAGAUCAGCGCCUCCGAUAUCCCAAUUCUGCCACGUCUUAGUCCGUUCCAUCCUGGUUGCUUGGGAUCUCCACGUUGCGCAACAUCUUCCCAGAAAGGUGAAAGCCGCAUAUCUGCUACAAUGGGCACAGAUGUCGGCGCUGGAGAAGCGGAUGCUGCAUCGGGAAGCACGCAGAAUAGGCAGUACGAUCAAAUUGGCACCAAGUACAAGCUCAUGCACGAGCUGCCUGCCGUAGAGCCUGAGAAACCUUCUGUUGUCGAAGCGUUGGGGGAUAUCAAGGGAAAGAAAUGUCUUGACCUUGCAUGCGGCACAGGCCGCUACACCCACCUCCUCCACACCUUCGGCGCGACCUCAGUAACCGGCUACGACAUCUCGCCCGUCAUGGUGGAAGGCGCUCAAUCCACCUACCCACCAGCCUCCUACCCGACGCUCACCUUCUCCGUCGCCGACUGCAGCAAACCACUCUCCCCUCCCCCGACAUCAACCUUCGACAUCAUCUUUGCAGGCUGGUUCCUCAACUACGCCGGCACCGCCGCAGAGCUGACUUCCAUGUUCCGCGUCAUCGAGCAGAAUCUCGCGCCCGGCGGACGCUUCGUGGGUCUCACGACGAACGUGCACGACAAGGAUAUGCGGCUGCCGAAGCAUGAUUUCUAUGGCAUGACGAUAUUGGUUCUGGACGAGGAGUACGUGGCGCCUGGGGAGGAGGAGAAGGGCGUUGUUGGGAUUAAGGCUAGGGUUGUUGCGCAUACGGAGAGCGUUGUGCAGUUUGACUGCUUUCAGCUUUUCAAGGAGGUGUACGAGGGAUGUGCGAGGGAGGCGGGGUUGAGGCUUGAGUGGAAGGAGUAUGUUUUGCCAGAUGAUGAGAGGAGGGGGACAGGGUUUUGGGAGAGAUGGCUUGAGAGGCCGACGUUUGCUAUUUUGGAGGCUGUGAGGUUGUAGCAGCCUAGUAAUGUCUUCUAUGAGAGUUUAUUGCAAUUUAAGGUAAGACUACUAUUAGUAGAAAGUGUACUUCAAUCUACGACAGGCUUUUGAGUGUAAGUUUCGGCAAUU